AUGCCUGAAACUCAUACUUGUGAUCAUGUCCAAGAGGGUCAUCUGCCUCGACCAAUUCAUUGGCUACAAUACUUGGAUCUUGCUUUCUUCAACAAUGACAUGAGCUUAUUGAUGCUAUCACUGGAAUCUCCAGAAUACUUCAAAAUUGAGUCUUACCUGAGAUUUAUACUGCCUCACCUUCAGCUAAAGACAUCUGAGUCUACUCUCAGUGCUGUCACUCAUGCCAUGACUUCGAUCACACCUCCAAACAACACACAAACAUCAGCCCUUUUGGCACCCACUUCUUUGGUUCCAAUUAGUCCUCGUGAGACUGUGACUACCAGCGCUUCAACCACACCAUUAGCUUCGGGGGCUGUUAGUUUUGAGAUGGUUAAGGCUGGGCUUGCUAUUCACCAUCUUCUAAGGGGUGUUUUGCGCGAAAUACACAGCUGCAUUAACCAAGAUGCUGGGUUCAAAGUGCCUCAAUGGCAGUAUGUCCUUGAGGAGAACCUAAUGUUUGAACCUUUGAUGUCAACCAUGCUGAAACUCAUGCAUGCCAUUUUGGCAGGUAUUACUAUAUAUAUUAGUUUAGAUCCUUGCAAUUAUUACUAG